UCUAAUGCUCACCUCUAUUCACGUUUACGUAAACCAGCCAUUCUAAAGCCGUAAAAUGUCUAGAAAUUUGUUUUUAUCAAUAACAAACUUUGUAAGAAACGUGGAGCGCCUGUUUCUGCCACAUGGAGGACAUCCACCAGCAUUGGCAUUGGCCGGUUUUCAGCAUGAGCACAGCCGGAAGACCUGCCAGGAAUUCAGUUUAAAGAAGUUAAUUGGCGACGGAAUGUUGUGGGCUGUGCCAAAACACCGGAGAUCCGUGGAAAAGCGUCUAAAGCGGAAGUUUGGCUUUCCGGAAUACAAUUGGAAGCCGCUGGUGGCAAAAAGAAACAUCCGCUCGUGUUUGCAAUGUGGACAUGACCACGAAAUGGGGGUUCUAUGUCCCUUCUGCUAUCAGAAAGUUUUGAAGGAAACGGAGCUCAUGCAGUCGAAAAUCCAGGAGACACUUGGUCUGGAGCCAGUGGACAAGGAAGUAAUCGUUCUUUAUGAAGGCGAAAAGGCCCAACAAUCCUCUGAAGAGCUGAAGGGCAAACGCAUCGUGGAGAUGAAGAAGCCCCGUCCCAUGUGGUUCACCAAGAAUCUGCUCCAGAAAUCGACGCAGCAGUUUUCCGAAACCAAGGAGGUCAAGCCCUCCGAUUUAGCCUAGAUAUUAAGCUUCCAUUGUGCAUUAAAAACACUCAUUUGUUAUCAA